AGAAAAAGAAAUGACUGUUCAUAUUUUACUGUAAAAGUUGUUCUUUUGAUUACUGAUAGUAGUUUUCAAUACGGCGUGUGACACCCUGUCUAUCUUUGGGUGGUGAGGUCUUUUGCACCAAUGUGCCUCAAAAGUCCGGUGUAGGUACGAGACUGAUAAGAUGGUUGCAUCUGGGCAGUUCUUAACACUGGUAAUGUAUUUAUGACCUAUGUUCAUAAGAUUUCAAAGAAGGUUUCACUCGCCACUGAUUUUGCGUACAAUUGCUUUUCAAGAGAUGUUAAAGCUGGUGUUGGAUAUGACUGCAAUUCUAAACAGUCUCGUGUCCAGGGAAAAAUUGAUUCUAACGGUGUUGUAUCUGCACUUCUUGGAAAGGAAUUAUAUGUGGGACUCGAGUGUCUUCUUUCUGCAAAUUUGGAUCAUAAGAACAAGAAGGAUUACAAGCUUGGUUUGAGCUUAGCAUAUGGCUCACCAGUCACCACUCUCUUCGUGAAAUAGUUACUAACUCUUUCUAAGGAAUAUUUAUUUGUCAACUCUUUGCUUUAGUUGUAUAUAUUUAUAUUUUUUAACUAGACUAAUAUAAGUAGAUCAUGCGUACGAGUGAUUAUGUUAUAUUAUAGAAAUUUGAUUA